UAUAAAUGUUUCUGAAUGAUAUCCAUACUUGCACGUUCACUAAUUUUCUUGUAAGGAUCAUAGAAUUGCAACAUAUCCAAUCAUUAUUUGUUUGUUAAGUAAAAAAUAAGAUUUGAAUCCUCCGAAAAUCCUCACAAAUGCAUAAGCUUUCGCACCCCUAGAUAUGAACAAUAGUUAAACUCAGAUUUUCGAAGAGUUUUUAGUUUCACAGCAUUGAUUUUUUUUUUUUAUUUUUGUUAUUUACUAAUACUAUCUAUUAUCAUGAUUGAUUUUGCUGAAUUUAUAAAUGUUAUGGUUUUGUCUACACUGUUUUUUUAAUCAUUUUCUUUUGAAGUGAAGCUUUGCUUAAUUAAAAUUUAUAUGCUUGAAUUUAAUUUGUGUAAUACUCCAAAAUUUGAUGUAUUUAUCUAUUUUAAUCGAUGCAAAUAAUAAUAAUAAUUCCUGAUUGGCUCCACCAAUUUUGGAAUCUGUGUCUUCUCUUCGUUUCCCUGUGUGUUGAGGGAUCUCCAUGGUUUAUGGCGUGGCUCACAAUGGCAGCCACAAUCCAAGCGAAUUCUAUGCCUCUCCUACAUUACCUUACCUCUUGACCCCCACACAACAAAGGGGAAAAAGUAAGAAACAAAAACAGAGAGAGCAAAACGGAGAAGAACGCGUCUUUCUCUCGCGUGGUACUUGGAAUUCGCCAUUCCAACGGGAUCUCAUUCCCCCGACCCCUUUCUGGGGAACGUGAUGCCGAUCUCCACAAAGGAGGAGGACGCUCCCAAGAAGACCUCUUCCCCCAUGAGUUUUAAGAAGCUCGUCCCCAAAAUUCUCCGCACCAAUUCCAUGAAGAACCUCUUCAAAUCCAAAAAACCCCGCCCUCCCCCCGAGAUCGUCCGCGAUGUCACCAGACUCCUCUCCUUCGUCGAUUCCGAUUCCGAUUCCAACACCGCUACCAGCCCCAGGCGCAAUGACAAGUUGGCGCAAUUGGAUGCCGAUAUCAGGGAGAUGAAAUCGAUUCUGUACGGAAUUGAGGAAUCCGAGCCUGUUGCAGAAGCUUGUGCGCAAUUGACUCAGGAGUUCUUCGCCGGUGACACAAUGCGGCUGCUCAUUCGCUGCCUCCCCAAAUUGAACUUCGAGACUCGCAAGGAUGCAACGAGAGUGGUUGCGAAUCUGCAAAGGCAACCGGUUCAUUCACGGUUGAUUGCUUCUGACUACUUGGAAAAGAACAUCGAUCUUUUGGACGUUAUGAUCACUGGGCACGAAGAUCCUUCAGUUGCUCUGCAUUACGGAGGAAUGUUAAGGGACUGCCUAAGACAUCAGGUGGUCGCUAGUUAUGUUUUGAAGUCAGCCCAUAUGAAGAAGUUUUUCGACUACAUUCAACUUCCAAAUUUUGAUGUUGCUUCGGAUGCUGCUGCUACCUUUAAGGAGCUCAUGACACGGCAUAAGUCCACCGUUGCAGAAUUUCUUACAAAAAAUUAUACUUGGUUCUUUUCUGAUUUCAACUCAAAGUUGCUGGAGUCUCCAAACUACAUGACCCGUCGCCAAGCUAUCAAGCUUCUAGGAGACAUGUUGCUUGAUAGAUCUAACUCCGGGGUCAUGGUGCGCUAUGUCAGCUCCAAGUACAACAUGAAAGUUCUCAUGAAUCUCAUGAGGGAAACACACAUGUGCAUACAGAUCGAUGCAUUCCAUGUGUUCAAGCUGUUCGUGGCGAACAAGAACAAGCCUGCUGAUAUCGUCAACAUACUCGCCGCCAACAGAAACAAACUCCUGCGGUUUUUUGAUGGCUUCAACACCGAGAAAGAGGAUGAGAUGUUUGCGGCAGACAAAGCUCAGGUGGUUAAGGAGAUCAGAGAACUUGUGGCGACGGCCCCGGUGGGAUGCUCCGGGGAAUUGUUCAAGCCCAUCGCAGGCCAACUUGAGCAAUCUGUUGGAGCUGUUCAUACAAGAAAGUGCCAAUAAUAAUGUGUUUGUAGACAGUUGAAAGUUGGCAAACUACUUACUCAUACUUCCACAGAAUUUGAUUUUUUUUUCUGUCGAGUAUGAGCUUUUCUGGAGAUUCAGCUUAAGAUUUUGAUUCUUUAAUAGGGAAAAAAAGAAAAAGAAAAAAAAACUCCCCCGCUAUGUGUGUUUUAGCAGCCUAGCAGGGGUACACAAUUUUGAACCAGUAUUGUUACUUACGAUAUUUACAGAGAUGUUUUUUUUUCUCACUUCGUAAAA